CGGAUCACUAAACCUCAAGCAACCUCUCUUACUAGCUCAAGAUCCGUCCCCCAAAAAGGAAAAUAGGGCACAUAGAGAGGGCUCGGAAGCAAAGCGGGCCGUGAAAAAUUCCCUCCGCAGCGGGACCCAUCCAAAAACAAGAUAGCAAUGCCGAGCUCGAAUCCUAGCAAAUAAAAAAUCUCAGAACGCCUAAUAAACCAUCAGUCCAUCAUAUAACCCCAAAAUGGCAGACGACGGUUUGCUCCUCAACUUCGCCAUCGGCGACUCCAAUAUAAUCAAACCAGAAACCAGACUUAAAGGUGGAACUUGGCGCGACAGACUCAGCGCAAAGAAAAUCGCCCAACACCGCUCCAACAACCCCCGGAAACCUGGCGACGAGAAAAUCUCCUCGGCGAAGGGCCCCCAGAACCCGAAUCGCAUCCAAGUGUCCUCCUCCCGACCCUCGAAGAGACAGAAGACCGAUGCAGACGGCAGCCACGAGAAAUCGCAACAUCAUAACCAGCAACAUCCACGGCCGUUUGUGUCGUCGCUUUUUUCGAAAAAUCCUGAACCUCGUAAUGCGGAGGAAGUGGUGGAGGAUGUCCCAAUGGAGGAUGCGAAGCCGACUAAUGCGCCUUUAAUUGAUGGGCUAGAUACAUUUACGAAUUUGGGUCUAUCGCCGAGCUUGGCGGCGCAUUUGCUGACGAAGAUGGAGUUGAAGGCACCGACGGCGAUUCAGAGGGCGUCUAUCUCGCAGCUGUUGAAGGAGGAUAGUGAUGCGUUUAUUCAGGCUGAGACUGGUUCCGGAAAGACCUUGGCUUAUUUGCUUCCACUUGUGCAGAGGAUUAUGGCACUUUCGAAUCCGAAGAAUAUGAGUGGAGUGACGGAUUCGAGAGGGGAGCCGGUUGUUCAUCGCGAUAGUGGAUUGUUCGCUAUUAUCCUGGCACCGACGCGUGAGUUGUGCAAACAGAUAUCGGUUGUCUUAGAGGGGUUGCUUCGGUGCGCGCAUUGGAUUGUGGCAGGUACAGUUAUUGGUGGGGAGAAAAAGAAGUCGGAGAAGGCGAGAUUAAGGAAGGGAUUGAAUAUUCUGGUGGCUACGCCGGGAAGACUUGCUGACCAUCUUGAAAAUACACAAGCGCUGGACGUGAGUAAUGUGAGAUGGUUGGUUCUGGACGAAGGUGAUCGAUUGAUGGAACUGGGUUUCGAGAAAGAGCUACAGGGGAUCAUUGAGAAACUCACUGCCAGGCAACGGCCGAGUCGGAUCCCCGGUGUACCUGCGAAUAGAACUACGAUCCUUUGUUCCGCUACAUUAAAGAUGAAUGUACAGAAGCUGGGGGAGAUCAGUUUGAAGGAUGCCGUGCAUAUCAAAGCCGACCCCGCAGACGAGGAUGGUGAACCUAGGAAGAAAGAUGAUGAUGGCUUCAGGGUGCCUGCUCAACUCAAGCAAUCUUAUGCUAUUGUUGCGGCUAAGCUCAGGCUGGUCACUCUUACUGCCUACUUGAAACGGACAUUUAUGCGAAAAGGCUCCGUCAUGAAGGCAAUCGUAUUCGUAUCUUGCGCUGACUCAGUCGACUUCCAUUUUGAGGUAUUCUCGAGAAAGAACCAAUACAGAGAACAGAGCGAGGAGGAAAAGGAAGACGAUAAUGAAGAUGCCGCGAAAACAAAAUCCGAAGCCUCUCCUCAUAGAACCAUCGCUCCUGCCACUGCCUUCUCCAACCCUUCAAAUCCUGUUACCUUGCACAAGCUACAUGGGUCACUCCCUCAACACGUCCGAACAGCCACCCUUAAUGCCUUCGCCCGCAAUACUGAACCGUCCGUACUUGUCUGCACUGAUGUCGCAUCCCGAGGAUUGGAUUUGCCAAAUGUCGACCUGGUCAUCGAAUACGACCCCGCUUUCAGCGCUGAUGAUCACACCCACAGAAUUGGACGUACGGCACGUCUCGGGCGAGAUGGUCGAGCAUUAAUCUUCCUGAUGCCCGGAUGCGAAGAGAAUUACGUGGAGAUCCUCAAGCGUGGGUACCGGGAUGGUGGAAAGACACUCACGCGUACAACUGCGGAGGAUAUUCUCAAGCGCAGCUUUGGCGGAAACCUACAGUCUGCAGGCAAAGACUGGGAAGAGAAAGCGACCGAUUGGCAAAUGGACCUUGAACGAUGGGCAGUGGAUAAUCCGGAAUAUCUCGAAAUGGCCCGACGAGGGUAUCAAUCCCAUAUCCGCGCUUAUGCCACCCACAUCGCCAGCGAGCGCAGCAUGUUCAACAUCAAGGAGCUCCACCUCGGACAUCUUGCCAAGAGUUUCGCACUGCGUGACCGGCCCAGCAAAAUCAAUGUCCCUGGACUGCGGCCCGGAAAGGACGAUGCCAAGAAGGAUUACAAGGCAGAGAGGAACACCGCCGGAAAGAAGAGAAAGGCGCCAGGUGGUGGCCGAGACGACGGCGAUGUGCCUUCUAACGACACAACUUCUGCAGCCCAGAUGAUGAGAGCCAAGUUGAAACAGCACAUGGCCGCCGGUGCCAGCGAAUUCAACCUAGCUUAGUGUAUUUCUUGUAUA